UGGAGAAGAAAAAGAAGAGGGGUGUGUGGUGGAGGUGGGUCCCCUUUCGAGAGUGGUAACGAGCUGGCAAAUUCCCAAAACUUGACAGACUGUUCCGCUUCACACACACUACACACACUCAGCCUCCUUCCUCUUCAAAUUCCACCUAAAAAAUCUCAUUUCAAUCCAUUCGUCUCCCUCAAUCACCCUCUCUCUCUCAAAAAGAUUCAAUCUUUCCACCUUUUUCUUAUCAAAAUCUCCAAAAUUUUCCAGUUUCCUUUUCUGAAGUUAACAACGUUGUUGCUUCUACAUGGCCGAGGAAACCAAGAAGACGGCGGCUCCCGAGGCGGCAGCAUGCGCGGCUGAGGAGGUGCCGGUGACCGACGUGCCGGUGGCGGAGAAGCCCACUGCCCCGGAGAAGGACGUACCCCCGCAGCCGGAGCCCGAGCCCGAGCCGGAAAAGGUGGCGGCGCCUGCUGAGGAGAAGGAGAAAGAUGAAGCGGCGACGGCGGAUGAGAAGAUUGCUGAAUCCGCUUCCUUUAAAGAGGAGAGCAACAAAGUCGAUGACCUCGUCGAUCCGGAGAAGAAAGCUCUCGACGAAUUCAAGCUCUUGAUUCAGGAGGCUCUCAACAAGCACGAGUUCACCGCGCCGCCGCCUCCGCCGCCGGCGAAGGAGGAGGAGAAAAAGGAAGAAGCAGAAGCAAAACCAGAAGAAAAGAAAGAAGCGGAAAAAGAAGAGACCAAAACCGAAGAAGAGCCAAAAAUCGAAUCUUGCGAGGCCCCACCUGCUGAAAUCCCGCCACCGAAGCCGGCAACGGAGGAGCCGGCGGUGGAGAAGAAGGUGGAAGAAGCAACACCACCACCAUGCGAGGAGAAAUCCGAAGCCGCGGAGGAGAUCAAAGAGACCAUAGUCCACGAAGUGACCGCCCCAACCCCACCCCCCUGCGAGGAGCCCGCCACAGCCCCGGCGGCGGAGGAGCCCGCCCCACCGCAGGCGCCGGAAGAGGUCUCCAUCUGGGGCGUCCCCCUCCUCGCCGACGAGAGGAGCGACCUCAUCCUUCUCAAGUUCCUCAGGGCCCGCGAUUUCAAGGUGAAGGAGGCCUUCACCAUGCUGAAAAACGUGGUUGCGUGGAGGAAGGAAUUCAAGAUCGACUCCCUCUUGGAGGAGGAGGAAUCCGCCAUUGUUGAAGGGCUUGAAAAAGUUGUGUACUUGCACGGCGUCGAUAAAGAGGGCCACCCUAUUUGCUACAACGCUUUUGGUGCGUUUCAAGACAAGGAGCUCUACAACAACACCUUUGGUGAUGCUGAGAAAAGGUCCAAAUUCUUGAGGUGGUAUAUCCUCUUGUUGGAGAAGAACAUCAGGAAAUUCGAUUUCAGCCCUGAUAGCAUCUGCACCAUUGUUCAAAUCACUGAUCUCAAGAAUCUGCCUGGCUUGAUUCUCUUCAAGAAAGAUUUCAGACAGGCCACUAAUGAGGCCCUCCAGCUUCUACAAGAUAACUACCCUGAGUUUGUUGCCAAACAGGUGUUUAUCAAUGUUCCAUGGUGGUAUGUGGCUUACAAUAGGUUGAUCAGCCCAUUCUUGACGCAAAGAACCAAGAGCAAGUUUGUGUUUGCUGGCCCUACUAAGACUGCUGAGACCCUCUUCAAAUACAUAGCACCUGAGCAAGUUCCAGUUCAAUAUGGUGGCCUAAGCAAGGAGGGUGAGACAGAAUUCACCACUGCUGAUUCUGCAAUAGAGGAAACCAUCAAGCCGACUGGCAAACACACCGUUGAGCUCCCGAUCACCGAGGCUUGCACACUGAUUUGGGAGGUGAGGGUGGUGGGCUGGGAGAUCUGCUACGGGGCGGAGUUCGUGCCCUCAGUCGAGGGGGGUUACACGUGGAUUGUGCACAAGUCAAGGAAGAUUGGGCCCGGGGACGAGCAGGUCGUCGGGUGCAGCUUCAAGAUUGGUGAGACUGGCAAAGUUGUGCUCACAUUUGACAACCAAACAUCCAAGAAGAAGAAGCUUCUCUACAGGUUCAAGACUAAGCCCUCUGAAUGAAAACAUAAAUGAAUGUGCAGCAAAGAAAUAAGGAGAGAAAAAGGGUGGUUUUCUUUCCUUUGUUCAUUACAUAAUUCUUUUUUCUUGAUUUGUGUUUAAAAAGAAGGAAAAAAACUUAGUUGGUUCUUGGAAAUGUUGUUGAUUCUAUAUUUGUUUGUUGGUUGGUUGUUAUUAUUACAAUUGAAGUUUUUGGUUGUUGGAUUCUGGUGUAACAAAAUUUGGCAAGUACAUAUGCUUAAGGAAUGAGUGGAAUGUGAAACAGAAAUAUUUAUUUUUU